CUCAUUUCGACAGGUUGAGGGUACUGGAAGUACUCCCAACACACUUCUUACACUCUCGGCUGCUGCACUGGACCUUACUUUCCUUGGGGUGGGAUGUUUGGGUGAAAGAAAACAUCGAACUUUGGGAAACAUCUGAGUGACUUUCUAACUAUUUUCUACAAGGGAAAUUUAGAUUGGUGGAUUUGUAAAUGUGUAACAUCAGGGAUGGAGGUUAUUGAAUGAUGUUUCUUUUUUAUUGUCGGCGUUCACAUGGCGUAACAGAAACUGUGCAUUCAUCAAAUGUUCCAGCUGGAUUGGAAAACAUACUUCUGUCGCAAUUUACUGGGAUGGAAUACAGAUUCACUAACGGAUGCUAAGUGAUUUUCAAUGGUGUAUCCAUGGAGUUGCAUCAUCAUGAAGUGAAUUGAUGUUGUAUGUGUUUUACCAUAAUGUGUGCAGUGGACAUUCAUGAUUUCUUUUAAUAUGAAUGUUCCAGGCAACCUAUUUUUGACUUCUCAAGAUGACCAUAAAUUUAGCAAGGUUUUACAUAGUAGCCAUGUGUGUCCUACAAAGUAGGCUGAUGAAGCUAAGACAAACAAGGGAAGAUCCUUAUUGUUAUGGAUUGUAUCUUAAAAAGUAAUUUUGUUUUAGAUACUAUUUGAGUUUGGGGGCAUGUAUAAGCAGUAACUUUGAUGCUUUUGGAACUAUUAUGGCUUAUAGCAAGUGUCUAUAUAUAUGUGGUAGUCAGGAUUCUUAAGGAGGAAGCAACUCCUUCUCAGACCACUUGAGUUACACUACUGCAAAUAGAUACGAGACUUGGGGGGUCUUUUUAUCAUUUUGUUACAAAUUUUAUGAUUCAGUAUCCUUUCAAAUUAAUUUAUUGUCAUUAUUGGCACUUUGUUGUCCUUGAAAUUGUUGAGUUUGGCAUUAUCUUUAUCAUUUCUGGAGAGAUCGAUGUAUUUAGAACAGAAAAAAUAAUCACAUAAUCACAUUUUGUUUAUAUGAUAUUUAUAUUGGAAGUAUAUAAAUUAAUAACAUGUAUAAAAAGUUAUUCCAAUAGCAAAAAUAGUUUAUAUAGGUCAUAUGUCAAAUUUUAAUUCUAAGUUACUGAGUGCACAGAGAUAUAUUAUCAUUUAUAGCAUCAUCAGAUAACUUAUUCUGACAAGCUUAAUAGCUUAUAUAAUCUGACACAUACCUACAAAUCUCCAUUAUCAGGGCUGAUCACAUGUAUUAGUUUGUCUGUUAAUACGAUACUGCACACAUGUGAUACAACAUGUAACACAUAUGUUGACACCAGUCUUGACUGGCCUCAGGGAGGCUAAUAGUAUCUUCUACCAAACCUGCCUCAUUAUUAAGCCUAAUUAGGCUGACAGAUCAUGUGAUGCACUCCUGUUCUGGUUCAGGCCAUCAUGUUUACAGAGCUUGGGGUCUGAUGGUGAGUUUCAUCUCACUUCCUGACCUAAUGAAUCUGGUAUUCUAAAUGAUCACAUUAGAAAAUGCUUCUGGCUACUAGCUGAUGGCUACUACUGGCAUUUCAAGACAAGAUCAUGUAUCAUGCCUUGGGUAAUCUUCCCAACAUAUAUAUAUAUCACUAAUAGCUUCAGAAUAUGUCAGAUGAAAAGGUGUUUGUCUCAGAUAUCUGACUGGACAUCUGUCUUGAUUGUCGAAGGACUUAUGACUUUGUUUAUAUAGAACUGACAUUCCACUGAAACAUGAAUUUCAUAAAGGACUUUUGAGGAAUCCAUCAUUGUGUAUAAAGUGGAUAUUCUGAAAAAGAGAACUUUCAACCAAAAGAAUCAUGAAUUAUUACAUCCUGAAAUUCUGUGUUGAAACACUGAAGGUGAUUUUCAUGUGAUGUGUUACCGUACACAUGUAAAGAGUGUUUACAUACUGAAACAGGUUUGAGGUGGUAUGACAGUUUCUUUGAUUAUUACCAGUGGUCAUAAUGUGGUUUGCUGUAUCCUGCAUUCCCCCUGUUCCUCAAAGUACAGGACCAUUCAAUCCCCAUAUGGCCCUUCCAGAUUUGCCAAUGACCAUCAAACCUCAAUACAAUGCACAAUGCGGUCAGUUGUACAAUGCAAGCCUGUGCAGACCUCUGCAAAUACCUAAUAAUCAAAAAGACAUUGUAGCAUUCAAGAAUGGUAUGUUAUCAGCAAGACAGGGCAAAAGAGCCUCUGAAAGUUGUUACCAACCUUUAGGAGCUCCAUGGGCUUUAGAUGGAGAUGUAUCUGACCCAUAUCAAAGUGGCUUUCAGUAUACAAGAAACAUUGAAGAAAAGUUGAUACACAGACCUCUGAAACAUUCAGAUACCGGUAAUGGUUUUGUGCAAAGUGGAUCUAGUCAAGGUACUUUUAAUAAGUUGGAUUUUCAAUUUCCAAGUGCUAGUUCUAUACACAGCACUCACAUCAAACAAUCAUUCAUUUAUCAGAAUCCUGGACUCUUUCGUACGGAGAGCAAGUCAAGACAAGUGUUUCAAUGCAAACAAACAAAUAUACCAAUUAAGCAGCUUGGUCAUAAGAAUUCAACUCAAAACAGUGGAAAUGCUUGGCUUACAAAAAGUCCACACAGUCAUGGUAUCUCUCAAAUACCAAAGAAAGUGACCAGUUUUAAGAGAAAUGAUACCCCUGUGUUGUUUCUUGAAAGAAGUACAUAUGUUGGUGAGCACUGCUUGACUAGGAAUGAAAGCAGCAGAGAAUACUGUCGACAAGUUUCAAAUGUCUCCACCCCAAGGGAACAGUGCUCAGUUUGUGGCACUUCUAGGCAGGGCAGAACUUGUUUCCCUGGUAACUUUGGAAUGAGUCCCCAACAGGGCAGUCUCCACAGGUCCCACCGUGUGAAUGGAGAAAGCCGCUAUGCCACCCAGAUUUCUCUUACCUCCACCCAAAAACAAGGGACCAACUCUAGCAGGGUCAAGAAUUCUCACUAUAACUUGGAGGCAAAGGCUGUGUCAUCGGUGGCACCUACCACCACAUUACCUCACCUGAACACAGAUCGGCAUGGCCACAGCCACAAGCACCACCAAGAACAUGUCACAGAACAAAACAACAAUACCCUGCCCCAGCUCAAACAGACAGAUGGGGUGUCAGGGGCUUCAUCCUUCACAGGAGAGAGGACCAAGAGAGACCAGUAUGGCAACAAGAUCCCCAUGACUCCUGCUGAGGCACUCAAAUUAUACAGGAGUAAACUUUCGCAGUUUGAACAAACAGAAAUUUUGGAUUAUCCUGAGGUUUGGUUCUUGGGCCUAGAAGCCAAAAAGAUUGAAGGAAUCCCUGGUGGGGCUCAGAACAAUGGUUAUGAUGAUGACAAUGGAUCAUACAUCAAGGUGCUGCAUGAUCAUUUGGUGUUUCGCUAUGAAAUGCUAGAAGUGUUGGGAAAAGGAUCCUUUGGUCAAGUCGUCAAAUGUUAUGACCACAAAACAGACCAAAUGGUUGCAGUCAAAAUAAUUCGCAAUAAGAAGAGGUUCCAUCACCAGGCAUUGGUAGAGGUGAAGAUUCUGGAUGCUUUACGUCGCAAGGACAAGGACAACCAGUACAACAUCAUCCACAUGUUGGAGUACUUCUACUUCAGAAACCAUCUCUGUAUCACAUUCGAACUCAUGGGAAUGAAUCUGUAUGAGUUGAUCAAGAAGAAUAACUUCCAGGGAUUUAGUAUUGCACUUAUCAGGAGGUUUGCCUUCUCCCUACUUCAGUGUCUCAAAGUUCUCCAAAGGGAACGGAUAAUCCACUGUGAUUUAAAACCAGAAAACAUCUUGUUACGACAAAGGGGUCAAAGUUCAAUAAAGGUUAUAGAUUUUGGUUCUAGCUGCUAUGAGCAUCAAAGAGUGUACACAUAUAUACAGAGCAGAUUCUACCGGUCUCCAGAGGUGAUACUAGGUUUGCCCUACUCCAUGCCAAUUGACAUGUGGAGUUUUGGUUGCAUCCUGGCUGAGUUGUACACAGGCUACCCUUUGUUCCCUGGGGAGAAUGAGGUAGAGCAGUUAGCCUGCAUCAUGGAGGUGUUGGGACUCCCACCUCAGAAUGUCCUAGACCAGGCAACUAGGAGAAGGCUCUUCUUUGAUUCUAAGGGUAAUCCCCGAUGUCUUACCAAUAGCAAAGGCAAGAAGAGGAGAGUGGCAUCCAAGGAUCUACAGCAAGCAAUCAAAACUAGUGAUGCUAGCUUCCUGGACUUUAUAAGAAGAUGCAUAGAAUGGGAUCCAUCAGUGCGAAUGACAUCAGAUGAAGCUCUGCAUCAUGACUGGAUCAAGGAAGGGCUGGUUCACCGGAAAGACAGGGUUCUGAAAGGACAGCACAAACGCCACACAUCUCCUGGAAGUGAGGGACAACAGCCUGAUCCCUACAAGGUUCCUGCUCAACCACCUGUGAAAGAAAAGACAAAGGUAGAUGAGUGGAAGAUGUCACUAAAGGAGAAACGCAGUGCCAAGGCACGAGAGAGAGUUCCACCAGUUGGGGCCUCUGCAGAGCAAACACACGAAGAAACAGGCAAGGAUCCCGGUACCAAAAAGGAAGAUCAGGAGCCCUCUGAUGACCCUUCUGAGAAAGCAAAUAAGAUCCAAUCAAAUGACAAGCAGCCAUCACAGGAUGCAGGUGUAGAGAAGUUAACACAGUCAGAAAAGAUUCACCAUCAAGACAGUGGCGUGGAAGAAAGUAAAGACCAGCCGCAUGAUAAUAAUGUGGAUGAAGCAGGGAAGUUUCUACCACCAAUUGCUAAAUGAUUUCUCCUCAAGCCAGUACACAUACCAGUUGACAUAGGAUGAAUGCAUACUUUGUGUGACUAUAUCAAGUCAGUAUUAUUACAAUUGAAAUCUUGAACACGAGACUGUUCAUGGCAGGUAUCUAAGAGUAAGUGAAAUACAACCACAAAACUUUUGUCUGGGAUACAAGUUUGUUUUUUAAAUUAGUCUUCUAUAAACGGAAUGCUGUUAGUCAUCAGUUAACAAACACAUGGUGGUAUUCAGAUGGAAAUAUCAGAAUCUUUGAAUUGCAGCAGUUCAUAUUUUACCUGUGUAAGGUACCAUUUAAGAAAGAAUGAUUCAAAAGUUGUAACAAAUUCUUCUCAUUCCAACUCACUCUUUAUGCACAGGUUGAUGUUUUGUAGUUACAUGACAGCAUUAUCACCCUUGUAAAGAUCUUGUCUCAACAUAUUUUGUUAACCAAAGCACAGUAUUCACUGUCUGAUAUUGAAUGUCAGCAUACAUAGGCCAAAAGUAUUCUGAUGUUGUAUGUACAUCAUCUUUACAAUGCAUGUUGUGUGUCACGACAGGUCAUUCUCUUUCAUGGUAAACCAACUGAUCUAUUGCAGUAUUUAGUAUGAUCUGCCUCGGUACAAAUACAUAACCUAUAACUGGAUUUCGCUGUAUGGGUUUAUGACGCUUUAUUUUUUGGAUUUGGUUUCUCAUUUUAGUCUUUCCAAUGACUUCUUCAGUGCAGACAGAAAUAUGCAGAUAAAAGUUUGGAGGUUGUAGGUUUAUAUUAUUUCUAUGCCAUGCUUGAAAUAGCCAAACUUUGAGAGACAUUAGUGUAAUGUGCCUGAUUAUUUGCUCAAGAGGUUAUAAUUACUGAAACAACAGGAGUGAUGUUCAUAUAGUACAAUAUACAUUUCAGAAACAUUUUGUUAGCAAAUACUGAUCAGUAUUCAGUGUAUAUUUAUGAUUAUAAAAAUAUUUAUGAAUACCAUGUAAGGUGUUUGCAAUGUAUAGAGAUUGAUGAUUUGCUGUUGGAUUGCUCAAGUCAUUGUUAUCAAUGUAUAUACCAUUGACUCAUUGUUAUUGUACAUACUGCAAUGUUAAUAUGUUUAUACAUUGUUUCUUUACCAUACCAGUAUCAGGGUCAGCAUUUUCUUUCUUUAAAUUAUUUCCAACCUUCAGUAUCUAAUUUUUUUUAACAUUAUCAACUAAGAUUUAUUUGGCUAGAAAUUGAAUUCACACUUCAUUGUAUCAAAUGAAAUGAUUGUAAUACUUUUAGUCUUUUUCUGUGAUUGUUCUAGAUUGUUACUGUUUUGAAAUUUAUAUAAUUUUGUUAAGCAGAGAUCAAAAUUAUUUUGCCGAUAUUCUUUUUUAUUUAUACAUAAUUUAUGUGAUGAUACAUUUCUGAUCCUAUUUUACUAUAUAAUUGUGUAUUGUUUGAAGUUGUGUGAAGUCAGAAUAUAAUCAGACGUGAAUAAUAUUAUGGUCAGUUUUGAUGACAGAAAAAUCAUCACAUAAUCUUUUAUAUGGAGAUGUCUUGCGUUUAGUGUUCCCCAUAAGCAAGUGAAGUCUCCUUUUAUUUUUGACCCAAAAUUUUAGCAAAGAGUAUCCUAAAAAUAUUUUCAUAAAAAAAUUGAACGCUCGACUUCCCUGGAGUCUUCUUAUGGACCUUGUCAGAUAAAGAAGUAACACAUCAAAAUGUAUUGUGAGGAUUAGAGUCAUUGGCUAUUUUGUAUUUAUGACAGAGCAUAACAAUGUAAUUGCUUUGAACUGGAAAUCUUUAGGUUACAAUUUGCGGACAAGUUCCCCGAUAGGCAAAAUCCUGUUUUUGUGUGUUUUUAUGCAUUCUGUAAAUUAAAGUCCAUUUUUUCAAUCAUGCUGGAUAUGAUUUAUGUUUUUGUUUUCUUUAAUGGAAUUUUCUGUUUAAGAUAUUGAUACUGACCUUCAGGCAAGCAUUAAACAUUUAAAAUUGCAAUAUAACAUGUGAUUUGCAUGUAGCCCUUUUUUGGCUGCAGCUUUCGGUGUAAUACAGUAAAAUAAUAAUCAAUAGGAAUUCAGUAAAGUGUUUUUCUUUGUGUAUAGUUGUGUGCAAUAAAUGCUGUGAUUUAAUGACAGUUGACAUUGUACUAUGAUACAUUUGAGGCAAAAAUAAUUAGGGUUGUUAAGUUAAAGUGAAUUUGUAGGUAUGGAACACUUAUCCAAAUAUUUUGCAUGCAUUAAUAUCCAUGCUCCAGUGUUGAAAUUUAUUAUCAUCUAUAACAUUUUUUAUCUAUCUUAGUACUAAGAAGAUACAAAAAUAUCUUUAGAUAUCAGUAUUACUCAGUGAAUCCGUCCAUGUAUACAACAGUGUUGUGUGCAUCUCCAUUGAAGUGUGUGUUUUAUCAAUGUUGUGACUUGUUAUCAUCACAUCUGGUUCAUGUGGUGUAACAGUGUUUGUUGGCUCUUAAAAGUUCAUUUAUUUUGGAUUGUUUAAACAAAAUAAAAUGGCAGACAACAUUCAAAAGCAAUGGUAGUUUUGAUAUUUCAUUGUUUUGUUACAUUAUGAAGGCUUGUGAAAGUUUUUCCUAAUGUUUCACAUUCUCAGAUUAGUGAAUUUUCAUCACAUCUAUCAGAUUUUGAGCUUCUGUGGACUUUGAAUACAGUUAUGUCAACAAUAUUCUCAAUUGGAGCUUUAUGGGACCAAGCAAUUGAUGAUUAUAACUUGUCCAUAGAUGUUUGGACAUACCGUAAUAAGAAGCCAUAGGUGUCCAGCUCUCAUUCAAGAACCAAGACUGAAUAAAUGAUGGUUGCCAGAUGUUGCACAUGGAAUCCUGUGCGCAAUACUGUAUGGUCUCCUGACCUGUCUGAUGGGCUGAUUGGACGCCAUAUCAAGAUCCGAAAUCAUGACAUGAGCUUGUUUCCAAUGCACUAUCGGGCUGCUUCUUUGUGCUCCAUGCAGUCAUUUUGGUGGCCAUCUUGGUGACUGUGGUGUCCACGUUAACUGUCCCCCUGGAUUUGUGGGGAGACGGAUCCAAGCCCAGCACUCCAACAUCAAUCUGGCAAACGGUGCUCAUGGUCCAAGUCAACCAGCCAUGAUACUGGCUUCCCCUUACUGGACUCUUGGCCGGGGUAGUUUUCUCAGCCUGCUCAGGUGCAUGUUGCUCCUUCCUAAUGGAAGCCAUUUCUGCUGAAAUUGCUUGAAAUCUCUCUUUUAACAUUGCCUGCAUGUUCUCCUGUUCUUCAUCAUAUCUUCAAACAUGCUCGUCGGCAGAAGAGUAGUGGCUGACGGAGGUGGAACAUUAGAUGGUGUGGCAGGCCUGGGGCCUGACCUCCUGCGGUCUGGAACAAAAACUUCUCGUUGACUGGAGAGAGCUAGUCCAACCCAUCAACCAUCUUCUUGGCUGCUUUCCUCCUUUUUGCCCUCUUCCAUGCUUCCACAAUCUUGCAGAAAGUGUCGUGCGGGAGUGAAGCAAACUGAGAGCAUUUAACAUGAUCAGUGCAUCUUGAAGAUCUGCACUUCCAACAGGAACAGUGAGGGUCCCUAGCCAUCUUUAAAUGGCCACAUCUCUCACACGUAGAAGACGAUGCCAUCUUGCUCCCACAAACAAAUGUUUACCACCAAGCAACUUUAUAUCUAAGAUAAACAGAUCCUCUUCAGCUGCAACUCAUGUGAAUAUAACUCACUAGACUCUGCAACUCAUGUGAAUAUAACUCACUAGACUACUAUUAAUUGCAUAACUUAUCAUGGAUAGAUGACAGUGAAGAGGAUUUAUAGUGUGAUGUCAGCCAAAAUACACGAUAUGUAUUUGAAGGCAUUGUUUGCUUAUACCAUAAUAGGGAUAAAUCCUUUGUCUUUUGAAAGUUGUCUAGGCUCAGCUUUAUUUACUUUGUAGCUGUAUAAAAUUACAUCCAAUGUCCGGUCUUGAUUGAUGUUAAAUACAAUUUGAUCACAAAUACAUAUGUAAUAUCACAAAGUGCUUAAAGUUACAGAAUUACCUGGAUUUAAAAUUAAAUCUGUUCUUCAGCAAUCUGUUCUUUAGGUAUAGAAACUUACUUAGUAUAUUUAGAGAAGACUGCCUGUAUAUGGCCUCUUGGAAAAUAUCAAAAUGAGCUCGGUUUCACACACUUCAUCUAAGUCAUGUCACAGUUGUGCUCUGAGUUACUCAUGAUAGUUGCAAUAUGUAUUACUGUUGCAAUGUUGUUUUGGUAUACAUCAGUUUUAUUUGCACUUCAAGAAAAUGCAAGUAUUGUGCACAUGUAAUGCACAGACUUCAGGGGAAAAAAUAAAUAAAGAUUUGACAUUUGCA